UUGUUGUUUAUGAAAGAAUCUAACUAAUUUGGGGAUUAAACUCACUCAAACAAAUAACACUAACCAUACCAUGUAAUUUACCCUGAGAUAAUCAUGGGUAUUAUCUCAGGACAGUGAUUGGAAACACUUAUAAAGCCAAGUGUUUCCAAGUAAAAUGGCAACACAGACGACACAUCUGAGCAGCCAAGAUGGACCGGAUUAUCCUCCUGUGCAUGGUCUCCUCCAGUAUUUCAGCUGCACACACUCAGAAUUUUUUGUUCAGCCCAAAAUGGGGACCUGUUGGCUUUAAAGAGCGUGAGGAGGAUGCUGUUGGGACAGCGAUGGAUGAAAUCAUUAAAGCAAAUGAGUUCCAAGCUUCUCGAAUCAUUGAUGGCUCCACCAGCCUGAGAGAGGGAGACAUUGCUGUCUCUGCUGGAAGACGCUCCAAAGUCUGCUUUGCACGGAGCUGCCUCUGGUCAAAGUCGGUGGACGGACAUGUCUACAUUCCGUACAAGCUGUCACCUGACUACACUGAAAUUGAUACAAAGCAGAUAAAGAAAGGGAUGGAGAACAUAGAGAAAGGAACUUGUGUGCGAUUUGUGCCUCGGACUCACCAGCGAGACUACAUCGACAUCCAGCAAAAGUCUGGGUGCUGGUCCUACCUUGGUUCCCGUGGUGGAAGACAGACCGUGUCCCUCCAGAGCCCCGACUGUGUCCAAGUUGGAGUGGUUUCCCAUGAGUUCAUGCAUGCCCUGGGGUUUGUGCACGAGCAGUCUCGCUUUGACCGGGACAACUAUGUCACCAUCAUGUGGCCAAACAUUUGGAGGGAUCGUUUAAGGAAUUUUGAGAAAUUCAGGACGGACAAUCUGGACCUGCCAUAUGACUAUGGCUCAAUCAUGCACUUUGGGAUGUAUGCCUACUCUCAGGAUGGGGAGCCAACCAUCAUUCCUAAGAAAAGCAAAGACACAAAGCUGGGCCAAGCAACGACUCUCAGCCACAUUGACAGGCUGAAAAUCAACAAGCUUUACGAAUGCGGUGACAGGGAUGAUUAUUAACCAGACUGGAGUGGAGGGGAGGGGAGGCUAAUAUAAGACGUUGC